AUGCUUUCUUCACACGCUCCCCCUCUAAUUUCAUUAACCACCAAAUUUACCUCAUUUUCUGCCACGCCUCAUUACAUCAUGAUUUUCCCCAGCAACUACUACUUCUUCCAUCUCUUUAUCUCAUAUAAUCUCCACAUUUAACGCGAAUAAAUACAUAACUGAAAACCGUGCGUGGUUUUUCUUCCCAUAUUAGUGAUUGAAUUUCUUUCUCACAUAUCUGGAAUCUUCCCGUACAUUUUGCAUCGCUUGCACUUUGCUUUAUCAAUGGGGAAUUGCCAAGCGGCAGAAGCAGCAACAGUAGUGAUUCAACAUCCAGGCAACAAAGUACAGAGAUUUUACUGGUCUGUAAGUGCACAUGAAGUUAUGAGUUCAAAUCCUGGCCAUUACGUGGCCCUUGUUAUCUCUUCUCCAACUGAGAGAACACACAAUGGUUCGCCCGUGAGACAACUCAAGCUUCUCCGACCGGGCGAUACUUUGCUUCUUGGACAAGUUUACCGACUCAUCAGUUUUGAAGAUGUACUGAAAGAGUUUGCUGCAAAGAAGUGUGUGAAACUUGGCAAGUUAAUAAGGGAAAGUGGAGGCCUUGUUCUUGAUUCAAAGAAAAUCUCAACAAAUGCUCCAUCAGUGAACGCCAAGCCCAGAUUAAUGAAUGGAAUCCCAUCUAAGAUGGAGCAUCAUGAAACUUAUCAACAAGGAAGCAGCAGUAGCAGUGGCCAGAGAAGUGUGGGAAGACAUAAUGGUGGUGGGCAAUGGAAACCAGCCUUACAGAGUAUUGCAGAGAUUGGAACUUGAACUCAACCACUACUCCCAUCUCAAUGCACACUUUCUACUAGCUAGGCUAAGCCUUUUCCAAAAUAAGAAAAGAUAGCAACUCAAUUGUCCCUACUUUAGUUUAGAAAAUUACCCAGCCCAGCCACUUAAUUAGUACAAUGUGGAGUACUUGAUGUUUGACGGACUGAUCACUCUAAAGAAUUGCCUGUACGUAGCUGCUUAUUUUCAAGUUUGACAUAAGUAAACCAUUACUCGGGCAUCAUCAUAUAUUGUGGUCUUAGCUAGGGUACUGUCAUUUGUUUCUAUUCGCAAAAUCCUUGUAAAAUUACUGCAAAGGGAUUGACUAGUUGGGGAACUUCCACAGUGAGGAUUAUGAACGUGUUCUGGUUGAUUCAGGUUCUUAUAAAUUGUUCAAAUAUUUACGGGCUGCCAAAAAUCUUGUUACUUCAAUUAUCUAACUUGAGCUGCUAGCUGGAGGAUGCUUCAGAGUUCAGACUUUAGCCUGGCAAAGUAACUAUCCACUCUGUGCAAUUUCUUUUAGUUUCCUAAUCUCUGUAUCUUUUGUUUCCUGGAAAAAUUAUACUAGUGCUUUUAAAUAAUUCAUCCUUUUAAGGAUCAAAACAUCUACCGAAAUCCACCUGUAAUCUGUAAUAUUCAAAAUAUUAGUAGUAAUAUAAAUUGGGUUCUUUAUGUUUCA